GAUUAGAAUUUACUGUAACUUUAUUGACGGUGCUUUUGGGGUCCCUUUCUAAUGGUCACUCACUGAUUUUUUUUUCUGUUUUCCAGAAUUGUCUAUAAACAAAACAAUUGUUAUAAAGAGAGUAUUCCUGUGACGCAGACAUGAUUAUUUGUUUUCCUUUGUUUCAGAUAAACUGAAGCAAUGAGUUUAAAAACCAUGGAGUCGUCAAAAGUGGCCAUAACGAGGAAGUCCAAGGUUUACGGCGUCGUGAUUACUCAAGUUGUCCAGCAAGUUCCGGUGGGAAAAUCGACACCUGACUUCACACGGAAGCCGGCAGCCAUGAUUGUCCAUGAAGGGAGAAGGGCUUUCUUCAAAGCAAUCGUCACUGGUGAGCCGGCGCCGAGUGUCACGUGGGGGCGAAACAAGGGAGACGUCAACGACCCGGAGAACUACAAGAUUAGAUAUGAUGAAAAAAACAAAGAACACAUCCUUGAGAUACCGAAAGCAAAUGCAGACCUCGUUGACACGUACAAAUGCUUUGCCACAAACGAAUAUGGAACGGCUGUUUGCUCCACCACCCUCAAGAUUAUUAAAGGAAAGGAGGAGGCGCCACAAGAUUUCAGAGCGAUGCUCAAGAAAACCAAUGUCGUCGCUAAGAAAAAACCACUGCCGCCACAGAAAGAGGGAGAGAUUGACCCGAAACUCUUGGAAGUGCUUCUCAGUGCACCUAAGAGAGACUAUCAAAGAAUAUGCUUGGACUUUGGGGUUACAGACUUUCGCUGGUUGCUGAAAAGAUUGAAUCAGAUGAAAAAGGAAAGGGAAGAUGAACAGGCAAAGGUUGUUGAAAACCUCAGAAAUGUGAAACAAAUCGAAGUAAAACCUAAUGGAAAUGCAGAAUUCAGCCUCGAGAUGGACUUACUGGAUCCUAAGAGCACUAUUUAUCUGUACAAGGACGGUACCAGAGUUCCGUACGGCAAUAACGGGAACUCAAAGAUUAGCCUGCAGAAACGCGGAAGCAAAUAUUGUUUCACCAUCAAAGAUCCCCAGCCGGAAGAUGCCGGUUUCUAUCAGGUUGAUGUUGGAGAGAUAAACGUGCUUUCUUCGGACUUCCAAGUUCCCGCGGUGGAGUUUGUCGACAAGAUGAAAAAUGCCAAGGUCUCGGAAAACAAAGACGCCACUUUUCAUUGUAUCCUGUCAACACCCCUCAACAAAGUAACGUGGUCGACGCCAGACUCGUCGCUUGAACACGGCGACAAAUAUGAGAUGAGCAUGUCGGAAGACAAGUUGACGCAUACACUAACAAUUAAACACUGUGCCGAGGCUGAUAAGGGAGCAUAUUAUGCGAUUGCUGGCACUGCAUCUUGCUGUGCAUCUCUGAUGGUGGAAGAUCAAGGUGUUCGGUUUGUCAGUGGGCUGUCAGAUACCACAGUUAUUACUGGUGGAGCGGCAGAGCUGUACUGUAAAUUAAGCACUGAGAAUUCUGAAGGAAGGUGGUACAAAAAUGGAAAACUGCUUACCAACACAGAUGGGGUCAGCAUUAUAAAAGAUGGAGCCCAUCACAAAUUGAUAAUUGACUGCUGUAAAAAGGAGGAUGUAGCUGUGUAUCGUUUUGAGUCAGAUGGACGUAAAUCCGAGGCCACGCUGAAUAUUCAAGACCCACCCAAGAUUGACACUUGCGCACUUGGAAAAUUCAUCAAGCCAGUGACUGUGAAAGCGGGCGAAACUGCUGAAUGGAAGCUUAAAUUCUCGGGCGGACAACCGACAAGCGUUCAGUGGAACAAGGACAACGACGUUCUUUUGAAUGCCUUAAAUGUGAAGAUUGAAAAAUCGCCCACUGAGAGCAAACUGCACCUUGCAAAAUGCCAAAGGAAAGACAGUGGUGAGGUCAAAAUAAAAAUAAAGAAUGAAUUUGGUACAAAAGAAGCAAUUUCCCAACUUAUUGUCCUGGGUUAUCCGGGAACUCCUUUGGCACCAAAAGUGGUCCGUGUGUGUAAAGAGUGCAUUGGUCUGGCGUGGUGUGCUCCAAGCAACACUGGAGGGACCAAAAUAGUAGGCUAUAACUUGGAAAAAAGGAAGAAAGGCAGUAAUUACUGGAGCCUUGUAAACCAAGGAGGACCAAUAAAAGACUCCAAGUAUGAGGUGAAGGAUGUCUUUGAGGGGGCAGAAUAUGAAUUCAGGGUGUCAGCAGUCAACCUAUCCGGUCCCGGGGAUCCAAGCAUUCCAUCUGACACCGUGAUUGCAAGAGAUCCCAUGAAACCCCCCGGCAAAGUCACUGAUCUGAGAGUGACAUCCAGCAACUACACGACCAUGUCGCUGGCUUGGAAUAAACCCAAGGAAGUGAAAGGGUCGGAGGAUGAACCGCAGGGAUAUUAUGUGGAGAUCAGACCCACAGAGAGUCCAGAAUGGAAUCGAUGCAACGAUAUCCCAAUUACUCCCACCACCUACACUGUGCGUGGUUUGAAGCCCAUGGCUGCCUAUUGGGUGAGAGUUCUUUCGACCAAUUACGGAGGCAAUGGAGAACCUCAAGGCUUUGACAAUCACAUCAUUGCCAUGCCCCUCCCUGUCCACCCAAAAUUCAAAAAUAGCAACAUGAAGAGCUUCGUGGUCGUGAGAUCAGGAAACACCAUUCGCCUCAACAUCCCCUUUGAGGCGUCACCCUUUCCAGAGGUCUCCUGGUAUAAAGAUGGUACUUUAGUGCCCAAGCAUGUAACGGUCACCACCUCUGAUAAAGCUUCUCAAAUGCUGAUCCCGACAUCUGAGCGCUCAGACUCUGGAAUCUACACCAUUAUGGUCAAGAAUCUCGUCGGACAAGAGAGCUUCAACGUUGAAAUUAGAGUAACAGAUGACCCCAAGCCUCCAGGUCCUGUGGAGCUGGAUCAGAACGUCCCAGGAACAGUCACUUUGUCCUGGGCACCCUCUCCAGACGAGACCAAGGAUCACAGGCUCCACUAUGUCGUAUCGAAGCGCGAUUCCUUCAAGCACACAUGGAGGACGGUGGCUGAAAAGAUCUUUAACAACAUGUUCACCGUCGUGGACAUUGUGCCCGGGCGGCAAUAUCACUUCAGGGUUUUUGCAAAAAAUGACAUUGGCCUUUCGGCGCCGUCUCUGUCGCCGGCAUUUGAAAUCAAGAAGGAAAGGGAAAAGUUCGAGGUCACAGUACCACCGAGAAAAUCUCUGGACUUAUCAUCAGCGCCGUCAUUCAUCACCCCGUUGAGGCGCCAUGCGCCUCCUGAAGGCUACGAGUGUCACAUGAGCUGCGCGGUCAAAGGCGCCCCAGUGCCCCGCGUGGCCUGGUACCACGGCAAUGUGGACUUGAGCACCAACACCAACUACUACAUCACCAAUGUGUACGGGGUCUGCUCGCUGCUUAUUCUGAGGGUGGGCGCCAUCGACGGUGGUGAAUACAAAGUUGUGGUCCAGAACCAUCUGGGAUCAGCGGAGUGCUCCAUGAUACUGAACGUCAGAGGUAAAUACAAGGAUCCGUGA